AUGCCCGAAAGACUCCCAUCGACAGAAAUGACGAAGCACGGACACGAGUUGGCACCUCUGAAUAACGGCAUGAACGGUCCCGCAGAAUCAAGAGGCAAGCAAGGAGUUACGAUAGUUCUACAAGGCCCUAGAGGGUCUAUCAUUUCCAGGGGCAGUCAAGCGGCUGACGGUGAUCCCAAUAGGGCUGAAUGGUCAGGAAAACUUCAAUUCUUUCUCUCAAUUAUUGGCUACUCGGUUGGAUUAGGAAAUAUAUGGAGGUUUCCUUAUUUGUGUCAGCAAAAUGGUGGAGGUGCUUUCCUUAUUCCUUUCGCUAUUAUGUUGGUAUUGGAAGGUAUCCCGUUGUUCCUUAUAGAGUUAGGUAUUGGCCAAAAAAUGAGACUAGGUUGCCUCGGAGUGUGGAGUACAAUCCAUCCCUGGUUAGGAGGCAUCGGAAUUGCAUCGUGUAUAGUAACGUUCUUUGUUGCCCUCUAUUACAAUGUGAUCAUUACGUGGUGCUUUUAUUAUCUCUUCAACAGUUUUCAGUAUCCGCUUCCAUGGGAAUCAUGUCCUAUUUACAAUGGAACAGUUGAUGCAGAAUGUGAUAAGUCCUCAGCAACAGCAUAUUUUUGGUACAGAGUUACUUUGGACGCCUCUCCUAACAUUGAAGAUCCAGGUAUGCCAAAAUGGUGGAUAGUUCUAUGUUUGCUGCUCUCGUGGGUUGUUGUUUUCUUUAUUAUGAUGAAAGGAAUACAAAGUUCUGGAAAGGUGGUAUACUUCACAUCGCUGUUUCCAUACUUAGUGUUAACGAUAUUUUUCAUACGAGGAAUUACGCUUAAAGGUGCCAGUGCCGGUCUAGCCCACAUGUUAACUCCAAAGGUUGAAAAACUAACAGAACCGAAGGUCUGGUUAGACGCGGCUACUCAAGUGUUCUACUCAUUUGGGUUAGCCUUCGGAUCACUGAUUGCCUUUGGAUCGUACAACACUCCAAAAAACAAUUGUGUCAGAGACGUUAUUCUGGUCUCCAUCUGUAAUGCAGUUACAGCAAUUUAUGCAAGCGUCGUUAUAUUUGCCAUUCUUGGAUUUAAAGCAGUUUCCAAUGUCGAUAAAUGCCUUCUGGACCACAAAAAUUUAUUAAUGGCACAUGGACACUUAGGAAAAUCUUUGGCAGGUUCAGUAUCUGAUGCAGCUUAUCAACACGCCUUAAUUCAUGCCGAAGACUUAAAUUUAACAGAAUGUUCGUUAUCCAGAGAGUUAGAUGCUGUAACUGCUCUUUGUCUGGUUUGUUUCUUCGUUGGACUAAUCUUCACAACAGGUGCAGGAGAAUACUGGCUCAGUCUCUUCGAUUCUUUUGCAGGAACUAUUGGUCUGGUGGUGGUAGCAUUUUUGGAAAUGAUGGCUGUGACUUACGUAUACGGACACGAAAAGUUUACGAAAGAUAUUUUUGAAAUGACUGGAGUAAAACCUGGACUUUAUUGGCAGAUAACUUGGAGAUAUUUGGCGCCCGUCAUAAUGGUACUUAUUUUAGGCUCAUCGAUUGUACAAAUGUUUAUCGAAAGUCCGAAGUAUCAAGCGUGGAGUAAGGAGGAGGGAGAUGUAAAACCAACGCCUUAUCCACCAUGGGUCAUGUCCGUGGCAAUAUCGAUGAUCUUAGCAGGCAUUCUUCCCAUACCAAUUGUAUUUUUGUUAAGAAGAUACCAAAUACUUAAACUCGACGUUAAUAUUCAUGAAGGAUCCAUCAGAAGAAUCGAUACCACUGUAUCGACGAAAGAAAUGAUCACAGAUGUUGAUGAGCAAUUAACUAGCCCCGAAGGUCCCUGUCUCACAGCUGCAAAUACGCUCAAAAAUAAAUUCACUAUUGGAGAUUUUGAAGUAUAGAUGACGAUGCAUACGAAGAUAGAUGCCUGGUUUAAAGCGAGUUUGGCAAAAACAAUGAAUUGUGGUAUAUAUUUACCGUUUGCUCACGAUGGGCUUAUUCAGAGUGCAGUGGAUGGGAUUCUGCAGUGAGUUAUACCUGCGAUGAUUGUAAACUAUUUUUA